ACCUCAAAGUAUAAUUUUUCCAAUAUUUUAAAACCUGCGAUGAAGAAAGCGUAAACUGGAAAUCUGAACAUAGGAACUUUCCAAUUCUACUGACACUCAUUUUCAAUUCCAAAUAAAAUGGCACAGCUAGCAGAAACAUAUGCUUGCGCCCCCUCGACGGAACGGGGCCGGGGGAUCCUAAUCUCGGGCGACCCGAAAUCCAAUUCCAUCCUCUAUUGCAACGGCCGAUCCGUAAUUAUCCGGUACCUGGACCGGCCAUUGGAAGUCAAGGUGUACGGCGAGCACGCGUACCCUGCAACCGUCGCCCGCUACUCUCCGAACGGCGAGUGGAUUGCUUCGGCUGACGUGUCUGGUAUUGUCCGGAUCUGGGGGACCCACAAUGAUUUUGUAUUGAGGAAGGAGUUCCGGGUCCUCUCGGGUCGGAUCGAUGAUCUUCAGUGGUCACCCGAUGGACAGCGCAUUGUUGCCUCAGGUGAUGGCAGGGGCAAGUCACUGGUUCGCGCUUUCAUGUGGGACUCAGGAACUAAUGUUGGAGAAUUUGAUGGUCAUUCAAGAAGAGUUCUAAGUUGUGCAUUUAAGCCAACGAGACCAUUUCGCAUAGUAACAUGUGGAGAGGACUUUUUAGUUAAUUUUUAUGAAGGACCUCCAUUUAAGUUCAAGCUAUCUCACAGGGACCAUUUGAAUUUCGUGAAUUGUGUUAGGUUUUCUCCAGAUGGCAGCAAAUUUAUUACUGUUGGCUCUGACAAAAAGGGUUUAAUAUAUGAUGCGAAGACUGGAGAAAAAAUUGGAGAACUAUCUUCUGAGGAUGGCCACAAAGGCAGCAUAUAUGCUGUUAGUUGGAGUUCUGAUAGUAAACAGGUGCUCACGGUGUCUGCUGACAAGUCUGCCAAAAUAUGGGAGAUAUCUGAGGAUGGUAAUGGAAAGGCGAAGAAAACAUUAACUUGUCCUGGUUCUGGUGGAGUUGAUGACAUGUUGGUUGGUUGUCUCUGGCAAAAUGACUAUCUCGUCACUGUUUCUCUUGGUGGCACUAUUUUUUUAUACUCAGCAAAUGAUGUUGACAAAGAGCCACUGGUAUUGUCUGGACAUAUGAAGAAUAUUAAUUCAUUAGCCGUGCUGACAAGUGAUCCAAAAAUUAUAUUAACAAGCAGUUAUGAUGGAUUAAUAGUCAAAUGGAUUCAAGGUAUUGGAUAUUGUGGAAGGUUAGAGAGGAAGGUGAACUCUCAAAUUAAAUGUUUUGCAGCUGUUGAACAAGAAAUUGUUUCAUCUGGAUUUGACAAUAAGAUUUGGAGAGUUUCUCUACAUGGAGACCAGUGUGGCAAUGCAGAUUGCAUUGAUAUUGGCAGUCAACCGAAGGAUUUGAACCUCGCCAUUCUUUCCCCUGAUCUUGCCUUGGUGUCAAUUGAAACUGGAGUUGUCCUCCUGCACGGUGCAAAAGUCUUGUCUACCACUGAUCUUGGAUUCCCUGUAACAGCAUGUACCAUUGCACCUGAUGGAACAGAGGCAAUUGUGGGCGGUCAAGAUGGGAAGUUGCAUGUAUAUUCCAUCACAGGUGAUACUCUGAAAGAAGAGGCAGUACUUGAAAAACAUCGGGGGGCAAUCACUUUCAUCCGCUACUCUCCAGAUGUUUCCAUGUUUGCAUCAGCAGAUGCUAAUCGAGAAGCUGUUGUCUGGGACCGUAUUUCCCGUGAGGUAAAGCUUAACAAUAUGUUAUACCAUACGGCAAGAAUAAACUGCUUGGCUUGGUCACCUGCUAACAACAUGGUAGCCACGGGAUCACUUGACACUUGUGUUAUUAUAUAUGAAAUAAACAAGCCAGCAUCAAGUCGAAUAACUAUCAAGGGAGCUCAUUUGGGUGGAGUUUAUGGAUUGGAAUUUACUGAUGAAUACAGUGUGGUGAGUUCAGGUGAGGAUGCUUUUGUCCGUUUAUGGAGAAUAACACCACAAUAAUGCACAAGGUUUGUACCAUUGGCUUAUUUGCAUUAUUUGCAUUUGGCUUCCUUCAAGUUGGAAAAGAGAGGAAUAUUCAUAGCUCAAAAAUUUGGUUGUCCUGAGGUCUUGACAAUUUUAUUAGGAGACUCGUGUUUUGCCAUCCUUCGAUAGUUUGCUAAAGGUCAGACAUCAAUGCAACACAAAACGUACACAUCAGAGUUUGCUUGAAGAUGAUCGUUGUUGUGUGCGAAUCUCUCUUGUUCUGCUGAUUUGCUGCAUGGUACGUGUUAAGAUAUUAUCUUAGCACAUGAUUUGUCUAGCUUUUUUUGUUUUGUUUUAGAUUUCGGAUGUUUGUGUGCUGAACUUUGUGCUUAUUCUUGUUUAUGCUCCAGUGUCGGUUCGAUUUUGUUUCUGUAAUAUAGUUGUGAGAAGCGUGUAACUCUUAUUGUUCUCGAGUUGCUUUGGUUUUAUUACAAUGACCCUAAGCAAUUGGCAAGUUCAGUUGCAUAUUUUCAUGGAAUUUCACUACCCUUGUAACUAUUUGAUCGACUUAUCAUUCAAGGUUUUUUGAGAUUAAGGGUUUUGAAA